CUGUGUUGAUAGCAGUACAGGUAAACAGAACUAGGUCACAGCUGUGGGACAUGGGUGGACCGGCAUUGCAGUGGACAUAUACAUAAGUCAUUCUACAGAGACAAAACAUGGCGAACAACCCCUAUUUUCGUGGUCCAGUGAAUGACCUAGUUGCCGUAGAACUGGAAGACCCACCUGAAGGCCCCCUUGACCUACCAGAACCAGGUGACCAGGCAGAGGAGGGCGAUGUGGAGGGACCAGGCGACCCAGGGGAAGAAGAGAGGGGCAUUUCAAUUCCACGUGGAUCUGAAGAUGAACCCCAGAGUGGUGAGGGUGUGGCCAGGGAGCCGGAGGGGGGUGGUCAGCAGUCCAGGCAGGGCAGUGAGCAAGCAGCUAGAGAGGAAGAAGAAGAAAAGAAUGCAGAGGGCAACAUGGAAGAGCAUGAAGAUGACCCCAACCAAGUCCUUCGUGACGAAAGUGACUUCAUACAGAAUGUGUCCCAGUUCUUCAACCAAGAGGCGCUCAGUGAUGUCAUACUGACUGUGGGGGAACAAAGGUUCUACGGCCACAAGUUUGUGCUGGCAAAGUCCAGCGAAGUCUUCAAGUGUAUGCUAUACGAAAAACAAUGGCUAAGUGGUACUAGAGAUAGUGAAGUGGUUCUUAAUGAAAGUGUGGAGUGUGAGGAGGCAUUUGAACGUUUCUUGCAGUACCUGUACACAGCGAGCGUGUCAAUAAACCCAGAGAGUGCUGUGGGCAUACUGUGCCUGGCAGACAAGUAUGGAGUAGGAUCCCUAAAAGAAUUGGUAACAAAGUAUAUGGUUCAUCACUCCCGUAGUCCCAAAGUGACCAAUGCUUUAAACUGGUAUUCGUGGGCCAAAGCCUUAAACUUGACCGACCUGGUCCAGCAGUGCCAUGAGACUAUAACCUGGAACAUCGCAGAUAUCAUACAGUCCCCUGAUUGGCUGAUUAUGGAUUUGGAAUUUGUCUGCGAUAUUCUGCAGAGUCAUGAACUGAUCAUCAAGAAUGAGUUGAUGAUGUACCAUGCAGCUGAGCGCUGGUUGCUCAGUGAGAGUAAUAUUGCAAAUAUCAGCGACAAUGCACAACAAAUGCUCCCCCUGGUGCGGUUCCCUCAGAUGAUGGUCAGGGAUUUGUUUGAAGUAGAGACGAGUGCACUGGCUAGUCAUGAAGAAUGUAAAGAUUUACUGAAAGACUUGCUCGGCCGUGCUUACAGGUUUCGAUCCCUGUGCCCAUCGCAGAGCACCCUUGGGGUAAGUUUUGCAGAUAUAUUUUACAUGCCUCGUGACUAUAUUGAUCUGCAGGUGGACAAAGUCAGCAUUCAGAACACACUCAGGUUCGGAAUACAGGUUGAUGUGCGCACUUAUGUAGGCCCUGUGCCGAAUGAACAAAAAGAAGGGGAGUGGAAAAUUACAUAUCGAAAGAACAACGACACCUGGUCUCUACAGUUGUACUGUCAUGAUUCGGCCAUGGUGAAUGGCGAGGCUAAGGUUCAGGCCACUAUUCUUAUACACAAUGAACAGGAGAAACCACUCCAAGUCCAGCGCACUGGAACAUUUGCAUGCUCUAGAGGGAACAGUUUGAACAUCCAAGUUACUCUGCAGGAUAUAGAGCCUUCUAAGAGCAUGGUGAUACUUAUCAAACCCAUAGCUGACUAAACUAAUUAGCUGACUAAACUCAACCAGAAAUACAGGAUGAUCACAAUGCAAACUCUGCGUAUGUUGCCGUCCAGAGGCAUUAAGGACAUGAUGUUUAUCCUUAUUAAAGCAAUAUGAUGUAUUGUUAUAGGGUGCCUGACAUAAAACUAAUAUGCCAAAAUGACUAUAUUUUCAGCACAUAGCCCAACAUAGAGCACUGAAUGAGAAAAUGCAAGGAAACAAAAACAGUGUGAAACUGCUGUUGGAGUACUUUAAGUGUUAUGUUAAACCACACAAUUUUUUACUGUUAGGUAAAUGUAACCAAUCAGAUAAGUUAUAUGUUGUUGCUUGCAGUUUCACGUUGUUUUCUAUUAGUGAAUAAGAUCAAGAAGAACAUUACUAUAAUGAGAUCUCACAUGGUUCUGAAAUCAGAUAUUUCAGACUCUGUUUAUGGAAGGAAUAGGUGGAAAUUUUUUGAUUAAAUGGAAUUUAGGGAACAAAAGGCACACUUCAAAUGUUAAAACAUUAUCAGUCCCAAAAAAUUGUCCCAGUUCUCAUUAAAUAAUUUGAAGGAGUAUUUUGGUAACAAGGCACAUUAAACUUUAAUAAUUGUAUUCUAUUCAAAGUGUCUAAUUUUCACAUAUCAUGAUGAAGACAGUGAGAUGAUCUAUGUAGCACGUCUCAGUUACUGUUUUUUUCCUCCUCAUUGAAGAAGCAUUUUUAUAUCAUUUUCACAUUUCACUGCUGACAAACUAAAUUGUUCAUGGGUAGAGAUGGAUUUAGGUGCAGCCCACUGUGGGACUACACACAGGGACCAGUAUUAUUGGCAGACAUCGUUUAUUAUUGCCUUAUUUGUGUGACAAAGUUCCUAUUACCACUGUAAUGAUGUAAAUUAAAUAUUAUUUGUGCUGUACAUUGCUUUGCUAUCAGCUUAUCAGAAGUGGAAUUUAUUUUUUGAAUAUGACACAAAAAGAAAUGAAAGAAAAACAAUGUCAUCUUAAGACGGUCUUUUAUAUUUUGUAAUAUUAUGACUGUUUAAUUAAACAUUCUUGAAACGUAAAAGUGAACAUUAGAAAGGGUCACAAUUUAAAAGAAUUUAAGACUCACCUUUUAAGGAAAUGACUUGUGUACUUACAUUAAAUUAUGUAUUGUGCAAUUGAAAAAGAAAACAGUUAAAUUUUGUUUUGUACCAUUGCUCAAUAUAAGUAUACUUAGUUUAUUAACUUUUCUCGCUAUUAUAAUAGAAAAUAUUUAUGUAUUUUAUAACUUAUCUGUAUUAAAGACUACAUGUUGUAUCCUUCACUGUAAGUAAGAACCUUCAUACCAAAUAUAUUUUGAAUUCCCAGAUGAAAAAAAAUUCAAAUGACAACCUUAAUAACAUAGGUUAAAUGGUGGGGGGAUGGGGAGAGAGAUUUAGGUAGGUUCUUUUCAAUAUUGUAGUAUUCCAAUGUCAUCUGACCAUCUUACAACACGUAAUAAUGGGGACGAAAACUUUGUGUGCAGGAGCCCUAUACUGUAACAUGGGGCACUAAAAUAGAAGGAAACAUUAAUUUAACUAAAUACAACUGGAAUGCUUUAUUCCUGUGUUUAAUACAUCUCAACACAACAACUGUUCUCUCAAUACUCAGCUCACACAACAAGUUAAUAUUACUAUAAUAAAACAUCGUUCAAAAAGUACAAAGAAAUAAUCAUAAUUAAGAUAUCAAUAAUCCAUCUUUUUUCAAUGUAAACUAUAAAUUUAAUUGGGAAAGCACUGUCACACAUCUAAAUUAAAAUAAAAAUGAUCAAAAUAAUUUGUCAUUGGGUGCAUGUUACUGUACAUGUGCCUUCAGCUGGGAUAUGCUGUUAUAACAAUAUAAUAUUAAAUGCACUUCAUGGUAACAAUAAUGGAUUUCUAAUUUUCUUCAAUCUUAUGUGGCAAAUAAUUCCUUUCAAAAAAAAAAAAAAA